UGGCGGGCUGCACGCGCGUCCACUCCUCUGCGCUCGCGCUGUUUCGGCGGCGGCAGGGCGGGGUUUGUUUUGAGAGCGGACCGGAGAGAGAAGACUCACCAGGGAAGAUGGCGACCGCAGGGUCUGCCGAACGGCCUGGGAGACCGGCCAGCGCCACGGCCGCCGGCACGUCCCGGGCCGGGCUCGCAGCUCGGUGCCGGUCCGGGUCCAGCCCACCCGAGUACGAAUCCAAGAAGUGCAUGGCGUGCGCGGAGACCGGAGGCAGCCCGGCCGGCAGACACCUGGCCUGUCCGCUCUGCCUAGCCUGCAGACACUCCGGCAGCGAGGAGCGGCUCCGCGGGAGGAGCGACCACGAGAGUAGCAGCAGUAGGCCGGGCGGGAGGGACUGCGACAGCCGGAGAGAGUUCUUCGUCUCUCCGGUGCUCAUCCCGAAGUCUGCCGACGCUCCUUCAGGCCCGAGCGGGAAACACAAGCUGCUGCUGUGUGACGACAGAGAGGAGGUGAAGAGGAGGAGCUCUCUGAACUGUAAAGACGAGUCAGUCCGUCGUGAUGAAGAUCCGGGCGUCCUGUCUGACUCCGAGAACGAGGAGCCGAUCAGCAGGAGGAUCCGAAACAUCUCAGCCUUCAUCAGGAAAACCAAAAACUCAUCCGCUGGGAGUUGUCAGAGGAGCAGGAGCUGCACUGAUCCUGUGGAGGAUGGAGGAGGAAAGAUGAAACUUGUCACCCAGCCGGCAGCCGUGAUGGACCGGGUUGGCAUCAGCCACAGCUAUGCGGCAGGAAUCCUCCUCUCCUCUGAGAACAGCCGCUCUAUCUCCGCCCCCAUCACCGCUCCCGAUCGGAGGCUCACCUGGCGAGCUGUGCUGACAUCAUCUUCCUCGGCUCUCCUGUGCAUGCCUCCUCCCCGCCCGGAGCGCUCCAUCAGCCCCGAGAGCAACGACAGCAUCUCCGAGGAGCUCAACCACUUCAAGCCCAUCGUCUGCUCGCCAUGCACGCCACCCAAGCGCCUCCCGGACGGCCGCCUGAUGGAGCCCACCAUCGUGAAGUCCACGCCCCGGAACCUGACCCGCGGUCUGCAGAAGGCCACCAGCUACGAGGCCAGCCCUGCCGUCCUGCAGAAGUGGAGGCAGAUCGAGCUGGACCGCCAGAGCCUCAAGGUGAACUCCAAGGCCACGCUGACGAGCCCCGUCUCCGAGGUAAACCACAACAAGCUCGGCAUGGGUGGCGAGGGUGCAAAGACGCGCCAGUCCCCGGCAGGAGACGCAGUGACGUCAGCAAACAAGAGGAGGCUGCUGUUCGACUCUCCAGCCGGUGACACGGACAGCUUCCAGAAGCAGUCGGUGAAGAUCCGCGUCCCCGCGAUCCGCUACAGCAGCGAGUCGACCUUCAAGGGAGGCUUUGAGCCGCCAGCCGGCACUCCUGAGUCCUGCAGCACGGGGGCGCUGUUCAGUCGGAAACAGUCGUUCUCGCCCUACACCAAGAACUCUGGGGUGCAGUCCUGUAAGUUAGUGCCAAAGGACUCUCAGAGUCCCAGAAAGGAGUCCGACAGUAGCAUCCACAACCAGACUACCUCACGGAGGGGCAAGAAGAGGAAGCAGAAGACCAAACACCUGGACUCGAGCCGCGACUUGGAUCUGAAGAGGGGCCGGCCCGUCAACCAGGAAGCGCUGGACGAACGGUACAUCUGCCAGAUUCAGCAGGAGCGGCAGGAUCGAGCGCUCGCCCUGAAGCUGCAGAGACAGUUCGACCGCGAGAACCAGAACCGUAGAAGGAGCCCCGACAAGUAUUUCCUGCGGUCCUGGAUGUCCACUCAGAGCCGCAGGAGGCGUGGCCUGAGGAGGUCCAGACGAAUCAACAAGAAGCACUAGACAGACGGGCAGGAUCUCAUAUAUGCAAAGACACGAAAGGCGAAGGUUUAAUGAACGUAUGAAUGUUUUCACUCGUCUGACAAACGGGUUUGUAACCUGGAGACGUUUCUUCCAAACACCAGCAGAUCACCAAAAACUGAACCUUCAGCUGCAGGACGGCGCGACAGUCAUCACCACAGGAAACGUCCUGGAAGUGUUUGAACUCAGAGGCUUAAUCUGAGCUUUUUUACAGAUCGCAUGGCCGAGUCGUUUCUCUGCAGCUGGAACAAAGAAAGCUUUCACAGGUUCAACCAUAGUCACGUGGCCCGGGGCAAAGGAUGUUUAUGUUGAGCUUCCAGUUAUAGAUCCAGGGUGGAUGUGAGGCCCUGAAGGUCACAAUGUCUGAGCUGAACAUCACCUCGCAUCCCGACACCGCUGAAGGCGACGGCGGUGUUUAAUCCGUAUUUGUGCCUGCGCAUCAUCUGAACUGUUGCAAAGGUUCAGAUGAAGGCAGGCCGCACGCUGCCGGGCCGAACACGACUCUGUCAGUUCAGUCCGGUGCGCUCCACGCGAUGAUGAUGAUGAUGUUUAUUAAUAUAGUUCAUUUAAAUCUCACCGACCUCACAGUGAUCUCCCAGAGGCCGAGGAAAAUCUAAAAGGAGCUUUAUGGAAAGAAAUGAGAUGAGGGACUUUUCCUUUGCUGCUAGCGUGAGUGUCGGCCUGUGACAGAAAUCUCUUUGUAUUUGUGACCGUUUAUGAAGCCCAGUUUGAAUCAAAUAGUUAAAAGUGAUUUUUUUUAUUGGCUCCAAAACUCCAGACUGUCAGAACUUUCCAAAAGUCCAAAAUCAUGAUUCGUAUGUAUUUCGGUAGCUCAGAGCGUGACACGCGUCUCUUCAUUCAUAUCUGAAGUGAACACAUAUCUGAACACAUCACUUCCUACCUGACGGUCCCUCUGGGUGUGCAGGUAACCCUCCACCCCUGAAAGCGUGACAUGUACCUGGUAUUACCCUCUGAGGUGAUACUGAGGAGCACCGACGGUCGCUGUGACGCAGGUUUCUGUUGGCCAGAGGGGGUCAGCAGCACGUCUUUGCCCCGGGCAGGUGGAAGUUACCCCUGGUUUAUCCUCGUGAGAACUUUCCACAGGUUAAUCAAAGUCCAGCUGACCUGCAUGUGUUGGGAAUGCAGGAGAAACCAGAACCCGCUCAAAUAUAAGGAGGUGUUGAGUCAGACUUCUCCCAGCAGCUGAGGAUCAUGGGACAUAAACUUCCUCUAGUAUAGCUGCUGGUGUCAUCCUGGUCUUCCAGUCGGAGCUGCCGAGGCUCGUGGGGACUGCAGUCUUUAGAACCCGAUUGGUCAGGAAGGAUUUCUACCUGAAUUCGGAUCAGGAGACUCACCUGGUCACUCUCAAGGAGCGAGGAGCCGUGUGAUUGGACGAGCUUUAUGGCCUGUGAUGUUAGAUGCUGGUGCAUUCAGACCAAAUGUGAAUUUACUGUGGUCACAGAGCUCUGACUGUGGUACUUUUAAUAAUUAUUGAUUUAUAAAAAUCACGCUGGAGUCAGUUAGAACGUCACCUGUGGUCCACAGGAAGCAGGUGAGGCAGGUGGCUGUAGAGCCGACAGCCAUUUAGCAGCGAGGUUAGAGCCCCAUCUCUAUGUAGAGAAACUUCCACGAUUGGGCCAAGCUGAACCAAUCAGUGAGCGAGUUCAAGCUUUUGGGGACAAAAUCCACCCUGACCCUUCACCCCUCACAGUCAGCUGUUUUCUGUCUGCAACGUAAACAUAUUUAAUGCAGAAACUGCCUUCAUGCAGCAUUUCAUACUGUCAGAGUUACAGGAAAUGCGUGAGGUGGUUUCCAAAUCUGGAUCUUUUUAAUGUUUUGAUCGCUCCGUCAGUGCAGCAGAGGUCCACACGAAGCCUUCAGGCUGAAACCAUGUUUAAGCUGUCAGAAACUGCAGCUCGCUGCCACGCCCCUGCAGGAGCCUCAGCCUCAGCCUGAAGCUGAGACUGAAGGUGGGCGUGCACGUGCUUGGUCUGAGCUCACUUUCACACUCUGCUUCAGCGUUCCAAAGGAGCUGCACGGCUUCUGUUUGCAGGUCGUUUGUGUUGGAUCGGUGAUGCUGUAGCUCCUGCAGGCCGUCCAGAUGUCUGGUUCCUCAACACACGUGUUUUUUCUCCAUGCUAAGCUCUGUCAGUGGUUAGUCUGAGUGCAGCGCCACGCUGUGUUCAGACUGUGCUCAGAUCAGAGGCAGUCUGAACGACGCUGAGCGCUGGUGGGUCGCUGUUAGAAAAGCCGUACUCACACUGAGCCUCAGUAAUGUCAUGAUUCACUCUGGGGGUCGUAUGUAGAUGUGAGGAAGAAGAUGUGAGGGCGGGGACAAACUGAGGACACGCCCACAAACAUCCAACGUGUUGGUGUAGUUACUCUGCAGUUCCUCUACCUGAACACCUGCAAAGAAACAAUGAGGUUGGGUGGCGUUAGAACCAGACUGCAGCUCACAGGCUGGAUGUAAAAUAAAGGUGUAGCUCCUUAAACCUGCAUUCUCUCUGAUGUCCAGCAGGGGGUGGCAACUCAAAAAUCUGAGACACUCACAUGGUCUCUGUGCUCACUAACACUUUCCUGAUUGGUUGAUCAUCAUUUUGGAGAUGAUGGUGCCGUCAGAGUCACAGGAAGCAGGUUAGGGCGGGGCUACCUGUGAUUGACAGAUUGCAGUGCUCGCUCCCUGUCAUGUCUGCCAGCAGCACAAACCCAGGUCCAGUUCAAUGACUGGAGUUACCGGAGGUAAGAGGCCACGCCCCUAAUAAUUGUAUUACUACUUUUAGUUUACAAUAUAAAGCGACUUGAGACGGCUGUUGUUGUGAUUUGGUGCUAAAUAAAUAAAAGUGAAUCAAAUUCAAACCAUGUGAGCGUAAAAUGCAGGUGUCAUGAAGGGAAAUGAUCCACAGAGACCACCAGUGUGUAUCAGGCUGCAGACGUGUUCAUUUUAUCACGGGAGUCUGCUGCCUCUGCUGGACGGUGGAGGAACUGCAGGCUUUGGAGGUUUAGGUGAUUGGUUUAGAUAAUAACAUUCCUGCUGUUUCCUCUGUUUUUUUUCUUUUUUUUUUACAUUUCUGCAUCCUCAAUGAUUCCUGGCCUUCAUCAUCAUCAUCAGCUGUUAAAGUUUAAUUUGAAGUCUUGAUGGAGCUGAAGGGCUUCUUUUUUUUUUUUAAACCAUUAAAGAUGUGCACGUUUCUGUUUUGUAUUCUUUGGUGGGUGCAGAGAGUUCAGGUGGGGGUAGGUGGACGGGGUCAGGGGUCACGCUGAGUGCCAAAUGAGCAGAUGACAUUGAUCCUUUGUAACUGACUAGUUUUGUAUGAGCGGCUGCUGGAAGAAAAAGUAAAAGAGUUGAAACGCU